UCCCCUUCACACUCCGCUGCCGGUUGCUAGCCGCCUCGCUGCUCCGGCUCCGCCUCUCGCUCCGUCCCCCUCCCGCCGCCGCCGCCUCCUCCUCUCGGCUCUACCCCCGCCGCAUCUAGCUGCCCAUCCAUCCUUCGGAGGGGAGGGAGGGAGGAGAAGGGCCGGGCGCGCGCUCGCUCGCCUCGUCGGAUCUACCGCCGCCGCCGCCGUCUCCGGGUGGUUUCUGUUUGGGAUCUCGUCACCAGCCAUGGCCGCCGUCGCGCCGCCUCAGGUCCCGGCCGCCGCGCCGGCGCCGGCUGCUGCUGCUGCUCCUGCCUCGGUCCCAGCCGCUGCCGCCGCCCCCGCCGCGGAUCAAGCUACGGAUCUGCUGCAGAAGUUGUCUUUGGAUUCGCAGCCCAAGGCGGUGGAUGCGACCGCCGAGCCUGCCGGUGCUAAGAAGGGGCCUGCAGCCAGCCAGCCUCUUAGCGUGUCAAUCCCGCCUGAGCGGUCCAUCACGCCUGUGCUUCAAGAUUUUAUGGAUCCCAACAUGUUCUACCUGCCGGCAUACUACUAUGGAGGUUACGACGGUUCCGUGAGCGAGUGGGAUGAUUAUCCUAGAUAUGUAAAUCCAGAUGGAGUGGAGAUUGCCCCAGCAGUAUAUGGAGACAUUUAUGGAUAUGGGUAUGCACCUUAUGGUGCAUACUCUCCUGCUAGUUCCCCAGUUCCAACAGUUGAUGGCCAAAUGUUUGGACAGCAUUAUCAGUAUCCAACUUCGUAUUACCAGCCUCCUACACCCGUUCCUUCUACCACUCAAGGUGACCUGCAGCCUUCUGCCAAUCCAGAAAAACCAACAGCUAAGGCAGAUCCUGCUAAAACAACCACAAAUGGCGCUUCUAAUGGUACUGUUCACAGUAACAGUGGAACUGUACCCCUUGGAUCAAGCCAGCAAAAUUCAUCACUGACCCCUGAUGGAACUUAUAGGGCACCCUUGCUAGGUGGAGUUCCUUCUGCUGGGUACCUGGACUCUACAUAUGGGUAUGACAGCACAGGAGCACACUUUGCAUGGUAUGAUGGUUCUGCUUAUACAAAUGGACAGCAGAGAACAACUACAACCAAUCACAUGUCGCCUUCAACAUUCAGUAAUGGCUCUUCUGCAAGGACUCAAAACAAGGGCCCUGCGCCUCAGCAGACGGCAAUGAAUAACAGGCGGCCAACAACUACAACAGUAUCAACUGCUCCUACUUAUCCGAAUAGGAUGUACCCGAGCACCCGGUCUUACAGCCAGUAUGGAAAUUCAUUCAAAACUGGCCUUUCAUACGGAACCAAUGGUUAUGGUAGUAAUGGUUAUGGUAGUAACGGUUACGAUUCCAGGUUAUAUGGUCGGUGGGGUCUUAGUAUGGAUAACAGGUACAAGCCAAGAGGCCGUGGUAAUGGAUACUAUGGUUUUGGCAACGAGAGUCAGGAUGGAACAAUUGAGUUGAACAGAGGUCCUAGAUCAGGCCGUUUCAAGAACCAGAAAUUGUUUGGCCAUACUGUUACUAUUGCUGUGAAAGGGCAGAGCCUUCCUCCAAGUGACGGCAAGAACACUACUGAUGUACCUGACAGAACACAGUUCAACCGAGAUGACUUCCCUGUCCAAUAUGAUGAUGCAAAGUUCUUCAUCAUUAAGUCUUACAGUGAAGAUGAUAUCCACAAGAGCAUAAAGUACAAUGUGUGGGCAAGCACCACUAAUGGAAACAAGAAGCUUGAUGCUGCUUAUCAGGAAGCUCAGGCUAAGAGCUCCAAAUGCCCUAUAUUUUUGUUUUUCUCGGUUAAUACUAGUGGUCAGUUUGUUGGUGUUGCUGAAAUGACUGGUGCUGUUGAUUUUGAGAAGACCUUAGAGUACUGGCAACAAGACAAGUGGAAUGGUUCCCUCGCUCUCAAGUGGCACAUUGUCAAAGAUGUGCCCAACAAUAUUCUCAAGCACAUCAUCCUAGAGAACAAUGAGAACAAGCCAGUCACCAAUAGCCGUGACACACAAGAGGUAAACCUUGAGCAAGGCAUGCAAAUGCUCAAGAUAUUCAAGGAGCAUGUCAGUAAGACCUCCAUCUUGGAUGAUUUUGCCUUCUAUGAGAACCGCCAGAAGUUGAUGCAGGAAAAAAGGGUGAAACAACAGCAGAUCCAAAAGCAGGUUUGGGACAGCAGGGCUCCAAAUUCUGUCGCUGGAGAGAAACAACAGGAAACCGCUAACGUGAAGCCAAAGCUAUUGGUGGCAAAUGGCAUCAAUGGAGAACUGAAGGUUCCUGCAGAGAACGGCACAGCUCCAGUUGUUACUUAUGCAGCGAAGGUCGCCCAAACAGCAGCGACUGAGAAACCUGUCCUCGCCAACGGCACCACUGUCAAAGCUGGUUAAGCUAGAUCACAUACCCCAUGUUACCUAGCUAGCCAGGAAGAACAGACGGUCCCGAAGAACUCAACAGGCAUAUGGUCCCAAGGAACUGAUGGUCUGGAAAACGCUAUCUGUGGAACUGGCAGCAUGGGCCCAAGAUCCUGCUGCUUUGGCUGGUACUGGACAGCAGUUUGGCUAGUUAGUUUUGCUUAGCUUUCUUUUUUUCCGUAUUUCGCGUUUCAGUUUGCUUUAGCUCGCUCUAAGACUCCGUUUAUAGUGUCGUCGAAAAAUGCCAGAAAAACCUAGCGGCAAAGACAAGAAGUUGCAAAGACCAUGUCUGGCUUUGGUGCGUUGCGUUUUGCGCUUAUUCAGUGGUGGGGUGGAGUACUAUAAUCCCGUUGUUGAGUGGUUCUGAAAGUGGGUUAGAUUGGUGCUAUUUAUUUUACUUAAAAAGAAUCUUGCUUUACAUA